AUGAAAGAAGGUACAAAUUCUCAUGGAGGUGUCGUACUUGCAAUAGAUAAACAAUUAAAAUGCCAACCGAUAUCAAUAGAUGAACCAAAUAUAGUAGCAGUUCGCGUGAUAAUCGAGGAUCAGCUAUUCAUUGUAGCAAGUAUUUACUCACCACCUACAGAAUCAUUACCAUUAAAAACUAUGACAACAUUACUGAAUGAGUCAAGGAACUUGAUCUUAGCAGGAGAUUUUAAUGCCAAACACGUGGAUUGGAAAUGUCCUCAGGUGAACACAAAAGGAAGACUUUUAUCAACUUGGCUCAACAAAAACAACCUGAACGUUCUCAAUUCAGGCACUAAAACAUUUUUACGUUCAGAUACAACAAUUGGUCUGAUAAUUUCCGGCGAAAUCCCUGAAACAUCUGAAAGUCAAUGUCUACCAUAUGCAGGUAGUGAUCACCUAUCGAUACUGACAAAAUUUUUCAAUCUUAAUAUAUCAAUGAACAAGCACUUCGUUCCUCGAACAUAUUGGAAACUUUACUCGUCUAUUCUCUCAAUUCUUCAUGAUCAACUUCAAGCUGAACAAGAAAUUCUAAAGAUAAAAUCCAACAACUCUUUCCCUUGGUUUCUGAUGUUGGAACAAUUUCUAGCGGCUCUCAAACUUCGAGUAACUAUAUGGAAAGAAGUAAAACGAAAACGACCAUCCAUUUCACCAUCAAUACGAAUGCUCCUUAAACACAAGCACUACUUACAAAAUAGAUAUCGACGUUCAAGAAAUGAAGAAGAUCGUUUAAGACUACGCUCUUGGAAUACACUUGCCAAACAUGAAUUUCAAGCCUUAAGACAACGAAGUUGGGAAUACUUUAUAUCUAACGCCGCUUCUCCAAACCCAGCAUCAUUUUGGUGCACAGAGAAAAAGUUGAUUAAGAAGAAACCAACGGAUUUUUGUGCAUUAACAGAUGGAAAUACAACUCACAGAUCCACAACUGAUAUAAUUAACUGCUUGAACCAACAUUUUACCAAGCGUCAUGAACUUCCGUCAUUGAACAUGAGCAAUUUACUUGAAAAAGAAGCUGAUGAGCUAUGGAAAUUAUAUAGUGAGGCAGAAGAAGAUGAUAUUCAACUUAGAUUCAAUCAAUCUGAUCUUCAAUUUACAGAACAAGAUAUUAGAAACACCAUCCGAUCAUUAAAAAAUAAAAGCUCGUCUGGACUUGACCAAGUUUCUAACAAAAUGAUCAAACUUCUACCAGUACAAUAUCAUAGUGUUCUUGCUGAAGCAUAUAAUAAUCUAUUUCGUACAGCAUAUUGGGGAAAAGAAUGA